AAUAAUUGUACUAUUUGAAUCUGAUUGUCUAUUCUCGACACGCAAUUUAAAGAACCAUUUUGACAGAGUUCAGUCAUUUCGCUUUACCUUAACAGUAGAGCGGAAAUGAUAUGGUCGUCGGAUGGGCGAACCAAUAACAUAUAUAUUUUUUAUCUAGCUGUAUAUAAAUUUCGGCAUAUGACUUGACAGUUGAAGAAAUGGGAGGGUGGAAUCCUGUAAGAGAAAGCGAGAAAUAUGGAGUGGCCAUUCACAACUUCUUUGAAGACAAACCGUAUCGCAUUAAGCUUUCUGUUGGAGAGACCGUUAAUAUUUUGGAAGAAAAUGGAGAGUGGUAUUUUGGAUACACAACCAAGAACCGUGCACUGCGCGGAAUAUUUCCUAAAAACUAUAUCCAUAUUAAAGACACGGCCAGCACAAAAUUGGGGAAUACUGAUGGUGAAGUAUUUAACCAACCCCAGGUAGUCAAUGAAAUAACCUCUGUUCUUCGUGAAUGGGGGCAAAUAUGGAAGAACUUAUACAGGAUGCACAGCAAAAACUUCAAAGCUGUGGAACAUCAGAUACUUGAGCUUUUGCAGUACCGGAGCAAGAUUUUGUCAGGAACUCUGCCCGUUGAUGAACUUAAAGAACUUAAACAGCAAGUUACUUCCAAAAUAGAUAUGGGGAACAAAAUGCUGGAUUUAGAUAUGGUUGUACGGGAUAAGAAUGGUAACAUUUUGAGUCCAGACAUAACAUCUACCAUUCAGUUAUACAGGCAACAUGAGAUGGCUACAGAACGUAUUAAGAAAGCAUCUAUGGAAAGCGAAAAACCUCAAAAGGUUGUUACUCAUUAUUCACACAUUGUGUUUGUAUCAGUUCGAAAUUUUGUUUGCAAAAUGACAGAAGAUGCUGAGUUACUGAUGAAUCUGUAUGAUGCAAAUACAAACAAAGCAAUCACGGAGAACUAUGUAGUGCGGUGGAGCAAAGAAGGACUUGCCAAAGAUAUAGAUCAGCUUUAUAAUCUACGUGUACUAUUUACAGAUCUGGGUAGUAGAGAUCUGACAAGAUCAAAAGUGUAUCUAGUCUGCUAUAUCAUUCGAAUUGGUGCGAUGGAAGUGAGGGAUAUCGAUCAUCGUCGAAGCUCUCAAGUACCAAAGAAACUACAUGCUGAAGGUAUGAGGAGGCCUUGGGGAGUUGCUGCAAUGGAUAUUACCCUGUUCCUUUGUGGAAAGAUGGAAAGUGAUGAAGAGAAACAUCACUUCAUUCCAUUUCUGCAAUGUGCAGAACGUGAUAACUUAGAUGGAACGCUCCGUCGAAUACUCCUGCUAAAAGAAGUCCCUCAAAGAGACCAUAAAGGGCACGGACUUUGGAUUAGUCUGAAGUUACUUCAUGGAGACAUUAAGCAGGUGAGGGAAGAGAACCCUCAUCUUGUUCUUGGUAAUGUUGCAGUUGCCAGGAAAAUGGGUUUUCCUGAAGUAAUUCUUCCCGGUGAUGUUAGAAAUGAUCUGUACCUUAUGCUUGUUUCUGGUGAAUUUUCUAAAGGCAGCAAGUCUACUGACAAAAAUGUUGAAGUCACUGUAAAAGUCUGCAAUGAGAAAGGUCAGAGCAUUCCUGGUGUUAUAACAUUAGGUGGUGGUGUCGAACCAUUAAAUGAGUAUCGUUCUGUGAUCUACUAUCAUGAAGAUAGGCCAAGAUGGUGUGAGAUUUUUAAAGUAGCAAUUCCAAUAGAAGAAUUCAAAGCAAGCCAUUUGAAAUUUACUUUUAAACAUCGUUCAUCGACUGAAGCCAAAGACAAAUCUGAGAAACCAUUUGCUAUGUCAUAUGUUACAUUGAUGCAGGAAAAUGGCACAACAUUGGAAGAUUCACUCCACGAAUUACUUGUUUACAAGAUUGAUCAUAAAAAGUAUGAAGAAAGUGAGCUGGCAUAUUUGUCACUACCCAGCAGAAGGAUACAGCUCACUGAGGGACAGAAACCUGCCGCAGGAGGUCUCUCGCUCAGUUCGAAAGACAGUUUUACAAUUGAAACAAAUGUUUGCUCAACCAAGCUUACACAGAAUGUUGACCUGUUGGGCCUGUUGAACUGGGCAAGUCAUCCGGAGGGCCUCAAGGACAGUCUGGCAGCUUUAAUGAAAGUGGAUGGAGAAGAAGUAGUCAAGUUCCUGCAGGAUGUGCUGGAUGCCCUAUUCAACAUCUUGAUGGAGAAUUUUGAUUCAGAGCUUUAUGACAAUAUGGUUUUUGAAUGUCUGCUUUUCAUUAUUGGGUUGGUGUCAGACAGGAAGUACCAACAUUUCCAGCCAGUUUUGGACUUGUACAUCCAAGAGAGUUUCAGUGCAACUCUUGCCUAUAAUAAAUUGAUUGUUGUUCUGAAGUAUCAUAUUGAUAAUGCCAGUUCAACAGAUAGUCAAGACAAAGACAUGUUGUUGAGAACAAUGAAGUCUUUGCAGUACUGCAUGCGUUUUGUUGUACGAUCACGGCAGCUUUUUGCAGAGUUGAAUGAAGGAAAAGGCCAAGCAGAAUUUGAAACGUGUCUGCAACAGUUGUUGCAAAGCAUAACCAGCCUAAUGUGUUACAAUACGGACAGCACACUGCUGGUUCAAGGUGCCUGCUUAAAGUAUCUCCCGUCCACCAUACCAGAUAUUCUUGAAGUUUUCAGCGCAACACAACUCAGUGAACUUUUGAAAGAACUUAUCAACAAACUGCCACCAAACCGUCUGACAAAACAGAAAAUGAUGACAGUAAAUGACAUUGUGCACAGUAAAUUAUUCUUACUGUCAGAAUGCCGUGCAAUUCUCUUGCCAGUGAUCACAGCACAGAUUAAGGAGCUGUUAGAAGCAAGAGAUGAAGUUGAACUGUGCGUGAAAAUCCUCAGUGACAUCAUGGAUCUUCUAUUUCGACCGGAUAUUGGCACCACUAUACAUGAUAUAAAAGAAAUAAUGCUGACUGUUUUACGAACUGUUAUACAAACUGUGAUAGCCAUGGACCGAGACAGCCCAUUAGUGGGCAAUUUAGUUGCUGUGAUGAUUUCUAUAUUUCGUCAGAUGAAAGCUCACCACUUCGAAGUUUACAUUUCACAUUUCCAAACCAAGACAGACCUUAUGGAUUUCUUAAUGGAAAUCUUGCUUGUAUUUAAAGAUUUAGUGUCAAGACCUGUGUAUCCAAAAGACUGGAGUGAAAUGAUAAUGUUACAAAACAGUGUUAUUCUGAAGUCUCUUCGCUUCUUUUCUCACACAAUUCGAGAUUAUUUUUCUCAACCAUUUGAACAUCAGGCUUGGAAUAACUUUUUCCAUUGUGCUAUUACUUUCUUGACCCAGCCAGCCUUGCAACUAGACAGCUUCUCACAGAAUAAGCGAUCACGUAUUGUAGCACGGUAUAAAGAUAUGAGGCGAGAGACAGGAUUUGAAAUACGCAGCAUGUGGUUUAAUUUAGGACAGUACAAGAGACAAUUUGUUCCUGGACUUGUUGGACCAUUUCUGGAAAUGACACUUAUUCCUGAAACAGAGCUCCGCAAAGCAACCAUUCCCAUUUUCUUUGAUAUGAUGCAAUGUGAAUUCUACUCAUCUCGUCAUACUAGUGAUAGUUUUGGCGAUACUAAACGUGAUUCAAGCCACAUAAAGGCUAAUUUUUGUGAGUUCGAAGAUGAAAUGAUUGCCAAGUUGGACAUUCUUGUGGAGGGUGGCCUGGGUGAUGAGCACUACAAGGAACUGUUCUAUGAAAUUAUGAUGGAAUUAUGUAAAAAUCAUUCAACAAUGCAUGAUCAGGGUACAAAAUUUGUAGAUACCGUGGCUCGGCUGAUGGAGCGGUUGCUGGAAUACAGGUGUAUUAUAACAGAUGAAAACAAGGAAAACCGAAUGAGUUGUACUGUGAAUUUGCUGGAUUUCUACAGUGAGAUUAAUAGGAAAGAAAUGUAUAUUCGUUAUGUAAAUAAAUUGUGUGAACUGCAUUUAGAAUGUGAUAACUAUACUGAGGCUGCAUUUACACUGAAGCUUCACAGUAAGUUGUUGAAAUGGUCGGCUGAGCCACUGCCACCGUUGCUUCGCAGUCUGCGCCAUCCCACUUGUCAGACACACCGUGAACUUAAGGAAGCCCUUUACUAUGACAUCAUUCAUUAUUUUGACAAGGGCAAGAUGUGGGAAAGUGCAUUGAGUAUAUGUAAAGAGUUGAUUAGUUUGUACGAAGAAGAGACAUACGAUUACUUACAACUAAGUUGUAUACACCAGCGUAUGUCACAGUUUUACGACAGUAUUAUGAAGCAGAUUAGACCAGAACCUGAAUAUUUUAGAGUGGCAUACUAUGGCCGGGGAUUUCCUGCCUUCUUGCAAAAUAAAGUAUUUGUAUAUAGAGGAAAGGAAUAUGAAAGGUUAAGUGAUUUUUCUAGUCGUACAAUCAAUCAGUUACCUAAUGCGGAACUCAUGAAUCGCCUUUCUGCACCAAGUGAUGAUAUCACUGAAUCUCCACAUCAAUAUAUUCAGAUAAAUAAAGUGGAACCAGUGAUGGAUGACCGUCGGAAAAGGUUUUCAGGGAAGGCAAUCAGUGAUCAAAUAAUGCGGUAUUUCAGGGUAAAUGAUGUACAGAAAUUUAGGUUCAGCAGACCUUUCUACAGACGCGAUGGAGCUAGUGGCGACCUUGAUAAUGAAUUUGCCAACUUAUGGCUUGAAAGAACAGUUCUUGUCACAUCUUAUCCAUUUCCUGGUAUUCUGCAAUGGUUUCCUGUUAUUUCUGCAGAGGUGUAUUAUGUGAGCCCAUUACAAAAUGCUAUUGAAACAAUGGAGGCCACAAACAAGUCAUUGAAAGACCUGAUUGUUGCUCACAGAGCUGAUAGCACCUUGCAUUUAAAUCCAUUAACUAUGAAGAUUAUGGGCAUUGUAGAUGCAAAAGUAAUGGGUGGAAUCGUCAACUAUGAAAAGGCAUUUUUCACUGAUGAGUACCUCGAAAGUCAUCCAGAUGAUGGUCCUAGUGUAAAAAUGUUGAAAGAUUUGAUAGCAUAUCAGGUACCACUUUUAGAAAUUGCUAUUGCCCUCCAUCGGCAGAGAGCUCCUCCAUCACUAGCACCAAUACAGCAAAGGAUGGAAGAUUGCUUUUCUGAAAUUCAAAGUCAUGUUGAAGAAAAGUAUGGAAAGAAGGUGUGUGAUAUUAAAUUUGAUACACCACUGCAAAAUCAAGCUAGAAGGCAGCUCAGUGGCACUUCUCAGACCAUUGAUCUUCAUCGUUUGUCAGGAACAAGCAUGGCGUCAUCUGAAUCCCGUGUUUCCAGUUUAACCAGGUCACAAGUUGCCUCACUAAAAAGCUUCGCUACUUUCAACUUCUCAACUAUGAAUUCCACUAACACGUUGGGAAGGUAAGAAUGACAUCAUCAGCACCACUACGUCACCUUUCAUGGGCUGUGGCUACAGGCACACUAAUAAUCAAAACCUUACUUAUUCCUGCACAAAAGUAUUCCUCUGUUUAAUUGUAUACGAAUUGGCAACUUUCAUUUCACAUACUGUUCUGAAGAUACUAAACCACACACAUGCAAGGUAGUCAAUAAUAUCGUUUGUAAAGUAUCUUUUUGUCUAACAAAUCAUUCUGUAUCUAAGUGUUUUGUUGCAAAAGCACUGAAAUUAUGAGAGAGUACUGUUAAUUUACACAGUUUUAUGUAAAAUUGUUUAGUGUAUCUGUUUCACAUGUGUAUGAGGCCUUACUGUGGUGGCACUGUUUCUCUGAUACUAACUUGAGGUUUCUGUGGCUUUUAUUGUAAGAAAGAGACAGCUGGUGAAGUAGUUAUUUCUACAGAGAAUGUGUAAAUGUUUUUUUCCCCCUGUAAUAACAGUUUAACAUUUUAUUUAUUGUUAAUAUCUGGUAAAGGUUUAAACAAAAAUUAUGAAGUUUGUACACUAUUUAAUGUUUGGUUUUGUGUAAAAAAAAAUUGAAUGAAUUGGAGUAGUGUCCUCAUAAUUAAUUUUAGAAAUGCAGCAUGUUAUUGGUAGGUUGAAUAUAUAUCAUAUCAUUCAAAGUAGACUAUACUAUGCUUCUUUCUUUGCUAUAUUCAAAGAAAAUGGAGAAAAAAAGAUUGUGCCAUAACAGUAUGUAAUCUUACAUAAUUUACAUUUUAUUUUAAGAAGUAAUCAUCCUUGCAACAAGAACUGUAAUAAAGGUGAAUGUUCACAUUUCAGAAAUACAAACUAUAGAUUGAAUUUUCAAUUUCUGAAAGAAUUAUGUUGGUAUCAUUUGAUGUGGCAUUUUUAAAAGUAACACAAAUUGCCUAUAACUUGAUUUCAUUAAUAAUAAGUGGCUUUUUCUUUUUUUCUCCUCCUCUUCCUCUACUACUUUGAGAAAAAGAACAGUAUUCAAGCAGUCAAACUGAAAUUCCAUGAUACAUUUACAUUAAAAAUUUCUUAAAGCUAACUGCAUAUAUUAUUGGAUAGCUGCUAUUCGCUAGCAGAAAUAUAACCCUCAGUUAUUGAUAAAAUGAGGUUCAACAAACUGAAGUUUAAAAUAUGCAUUUUCCAUUAAUUUAUUUUGCUGUAGAAUUGUAAUAACACUGUAUGUUGUGUUCAUCAAUAACUGUCCCAUUAAACAAAAUUUUUUCAGGAAAGAUUUUGUAACUAACUAUCCAAACACUAUAUGUGUACAUUUUCUGUAGCCCUCAUAGUUACUGUGAUUGGGAGGCAGGAAGUCUUUUCUCCACAUUGGAAAUCAAUUGCUUCUGACAAGUGAUUGGGGCUAUAAUUUGGCUGCAAAAAGUUCUAAUAUGUUGAACUAAAUAAGUGAUGUAGAACUCUUUCACUUCUGUUUUGUAACCAAUCAUGAUAUCUAAGAAUAUGAUGAUUGAAAAAAUAUAUGAUUGCACAGAACAUCUCUGAAGUUUAGUAAUGUUGGAUGAUUGAGCACUGAGGCCAAAGGGCUACACAAAAUGUGUAUGCACUGCAUUUUUAUUAAAGUCUGUACCAGUUAUGUAGCAGGAAAAAGAGAGCAAAUUUUGUUGUUGUUGUUAUUGUUACUGUUAUUUUUGAGGAAUGAUGUUUUUUAACAUAUCUUUUGGUCAUCAGUAUGAUAAAAUUUAUACUGACUAUGUUUACUUUGUCAGAGUGUUAGUUUAUGUAUUUUAUUACUUUUCAUAGUUGUAAAUAGGUGGCUUUUUACUCAGUUUAAUAUUUGUCUAAAGUGGACGAAUAUAAUGGCAUUCAACAGAUUUCAUAACAGUGAUUACAAAAAGAAAAGAAAUAUGUACCAAACAAUCAUGAUAGUUACUGUUUUAGACCAAAUGAAUUUUAACUGUUCAUAUAGUUGAAGUCAUCAGUGAUGAAUAGAAUAUUAAAAAACACAUUUUGGUCAAAUCAGAGGAGGACAUUGCCAUUAGAAAGGAGCAAGCACACUAUCUUAAUAACAAAAAAAUUACUGCUUCGUAAAAAGAGUUGUUUAUUGGAAAAUGAAAGAAAGCAGUAUAUAUUCUUGGGAUUUUGCAGUCAUCACAUCUGGCCUCAUCUCGAUUGAUUUGUCAUCUUCAUGGAAUUGUAUGUAGCUUGUUCUGUGUUUUCUGCCAGUUUUUUGCACCACAGAUAGAAGAAUUUAAAUUAUUAACUCACAUAAUAUGUGUAUUUUAUAAAGAGUGUAAGAAGGAAAAAGAAAACGUGGGACAGAAUGGAGAUUUACAAAGUAUGAUAUAAACAAACAUAGAAAAAGACUGAUAUGAGGAAAAAGUAUUUUUUUCAGUGGUGUAUGUUAUGAGAUACUGAACAAAAAUACUUCGAGAGAAUCAUUUGGAAGUAACGUGGUAGAGGAAAUAGUAUUUGCAAAAUUCAAAAUAGGGAUAAACUACUCUCACCAGAGUAACUCCUUACGCAGUGGUAAGUAAAUCAUAAGUCCUUCAAUGAUAGAAAAAACAAUAAUCACUCUGACAUCUUCACUAUGGUGACAGUAACAUUAGUGGUUACCACACCCAAUGAAACCAAAACUAUGCUAAAAGUCAGCUGUCAUUAAAGUAAAGAACUAAAUUUUUACAUUAAUAUCAUGUGUUUUGCAAUAUGUAGGCAACACAAUCAGUUAUGGAAGCUUCAGAUAAGAACUACAAGAGUUAGUCAUUAAGAAAUGAAGAGGGAAACAUUUAAAGUCUUGACAGUUCACUAACAUUAGAAGCAAUAAUAAAUCUUUUAAAUAUCAAAUUGAUGACAGUGAGGGAAAUUGGAGAGAGGAUGAUAAGAUACAGAACAAGAAAAUUUCAGGAAAAUAUUGUUGAUCCUUUACAUAUCAAAUGUAAAAGCAGAAGGAUUUACAAGAGGGAAGCUGAUGUCAGAGAGCUAAUUACAACUUUCAGUUAUUGUGGAUUACUCAAAAAUAAAAUAAAAACUGAAGGAAGAAAAGGAAAAUAAAAGAAAAUUGAAAUAAAAUGAAUGGCCAGAGUUUGAUUUCACUGGAGAUCAAACUUCAUGCUACUAAUGUUAUUAGGGACUUGUCUUAUCUGUUAAGCACACGAAUGCAUCAAGUCCUGCUUUAUAAAAGGUACUAGGACGUGAUGCUAUGAACCAUUUACCAUUCUUUGUUGAUGCAGAACCAAACCACUAGGAAAUAAAAGUACAUGAAUCUUGACAGUAACCAGUAUUUCCAUAUCAAAUGCUCAAUCAUGAACAUAAUAGAUCUUAACAACUGUGCUGUUGUAGUGUGACUAUUAGGGAAAAUAUGGUAGAAUUUCUUGUAAUUGUACAUGACAUUCACUUAACUAAUUUCUCUUCUUAAGCAACAUUAUUGGGCCACCAUAGUAUUGCUGCCAGCUAUUAACAAACUCCCAUCUUCGCAUUUAAAGAUUGUUUUGUAAAUGAGUGUUACCCUUGGGCGCAGUAUGGAUAGGAUGGUACUAUAAUUCAGCUUGUAACUCAGUUCGCACUUAGAUUUCCUAAUGCCAGUUGCCCAUGUUACUACUUUUAUAAUGCUGGCAACAGCUUGGCUUUAUAUUCUUGUCAAACCAUACAACAUAACACAGAAGUCACCAAUAUAUCGUCUUUCUUACGUUCAUGACUAACUACAGUGCCAAAGAUAGCUGUCACCUGCUCACAAAGUGCAUGCAGUUGCUCCAUCAGUACGAGGACUUAUUCUAUCAUUAUUCAGGUCACUUAUGAUGGCAUGCACAUGACCUGUAAAAUCAUAAGCAGGGUAGUUUGCUGUAUUUAUUACAAGUUUCUUUGUAUUCUGGCUAAGGGCUGUAGCUGUAAGAUACUGGGCAUCCCUAAGUCCUGCUGUCAUUUCAUAAAAAUCAUAACUUGGAGACUAUUAGAGAUAGUGCAUAAUAUUUUGUUGUUAAAUGUUUAGCAGCUGUCAGAAGUGUGUGCUCCAUUUGUCAGUCACAGAUCGUCAAGGUGAUAUUGAAAUUCUACCUAUGCAUGGAUCAGUGGCUCUUAUUGCUUCAUUGACUCCUGCACGACGGGUAACAGUGUCAUUGACAGAUGUUGUGUACACAUGAGCCUUGAUGUAACCCCCACAAAAAGAAGUGCAGUGGCAUGACAUUGGGAGUGCAUGGGGGCCAUGCAAUGGGACCAUCAGAACCCAUCCACCUCUAAGGAAAUGUGCCAUUCAGUCCCAAAGGUCAAACUCUGAUAUGAGAGUGCACUAUCGUGCUGAAAGAUAAUGGAUGGCUGGGCCCCUUUAUGGUUUUCUCUGAGAAGAAAAGUGGGCCUGUCAACCUGCAUGCUUUAGGUCACACCAAAUAUUAAGCUUCAGGCUGUCACGGAUGGGUUCAUGUGUGCUGUGUGAGUUUUUGUGUCACAAAUCGUAAUUUUGUGGCAAUUCACAGUGAAAUGUGGAAUGUUAUGUUAUCUGAAAAUGGGCACUUUUUGAGGUAAUUAUUUUCAACAUAUAUGGAGAGCAACACGCAAGAUACAGAUGCAUACUGCAGAGAAUGAUCAUGUGGGUGCAGUGCUUGGACUAUUUGUAGUUUGUACGUAAAAAGGCAUAAGUGCUUAUGUAACAUUAUGGAUAGUUGGUCUUGCUUUCUACAAAUCACAUGAUGUGCGAUGAAUUAGCUACUGGAAGCUGUGUUGAAAUGCACCUUGUAGUUGAUCAUCAUGUGCGUGAGACACAGGAGGAUGUUCACUCUGACAAAGGUUUUUUGAUAGUUACUGUCUCUUUCAAAUUUUUGAACCACCUCUUUAUGGUUGCUUCUACUGGUGGUGCCAUCCCACACUGGCAUCAAUAACUUUGUUGUACCAUUGCCACAUAUUUGGAUGCUGUACCUUCUCCUGUUCAGUAGCCAUGUUGAUGAAAUCAGUCAGUUCUGCAACAAAGAACAAAGGAAAUAGGCUUUGAGAGCUACUAAAUGUUUCAAAACAAACCACAGUUUAGAAGUUUUUGAAAUGAUAGUGUGACUUACCACAUAGUCGAAUUAGUUCUGCUGCAUUGUGUGUGUGUGUGUGUGUGUGUGUGUGUGUGUGUGUGUGUGUGUGUGUGUGUGUGUGUUAUACUAUUUUACUUUUGUGCCUUUGUUUCCUUCAAAGGGGAAACAUAUUUCAUGUUGUUUGUUAGUAGGGCUUCUUCCCCAGGAGAUAAGACUGUGAAAUAUUAAAAAGGCAAAACAUAAACUUCUUUCAGAGUCCCUUAUUGCCUCACUUUUGACCGAAUGGGUUUGUGGUUGAAUAGUUAGAGAUUUCAUCUUCCUUUAAAUGUUUAUAAUCUUUAAAUUCAUAUUUCAUUUCUGCAACUGAAGGUGCCAAUUUUGAUGGUUCAUAUUUGAGAUUCUGAGAUUCACAAAUCAUAUUUCACUAUCGACUGCUGCUAUUAAAAGAGGAUGGUUAAGUAUUCAUGAGCUUGGAGCUUUUAAUUUGAGUAGCAUUGACUUAAAUAUGUAAACAAUUAUUGUCACUAAUAUUGUAGUAGACAUCAAUUUUGGUCUUAAUUUUGCACUCAAAAUUCGGCUACCUCAUGCAUUUGUAACUGUUUCUUUACUACAAAUUCUAAAUGUAUGUUUCACUACGUGUCAGAUAGAAAAUACUGUGAAAUUUCUCGUAGUGUUUCAGUGAUUCUCUCUCUUUUAGCUAAUCAGUCUUUUUUCCCCCCUGCAUGAUAUGCUAGUAUGUCAGCCUCAUUGAAUUUGAAGAAGUUGUUUAGAAUGAUCAUGUGUUUUAUCAAGCAGAGGAAUUUGUGACCAGUUUGUUUCAUACUUUUUUUCAGACUGAGUGUCAGUAUGCCAAAUUUAAUACAGCCUAUUUUAAUACCUUAUUCCAUGCCAGAGGAAUAGGAAACAUUGUAUAGUGUGCCUUCAAAACAAUGACUGACAUUUUGCAGACUGAUUUGUGUAAAAUAAUGCAAUUCUGUGGCCUUUGUAACUUUUAACAGAAACAAGCUGACAUUUAGUUAGGACUCUCUCUAUUUUUAUAUUCAGUGAAUGUAAGAACAUACACAUAUAUUUGUGUGUGUGUGUGUGUGUGUGUGUGUGUGUGUGUGUGUGUGUGUGUGUGUGCGUGUGCGUGUGCGUUUGUCACUACCAGUGUCUUUCUUACUCCACAUAAUUUUGAACGGUGCUUCUGUAAAACAUUUUUAAUUGAUUUUUUGUGCCAAAUAUUGUUUUGAUACAAUUUCUUUCAUGAAACAGUUUCAUUCUGAACUAAAAAUUAACUGAGUAUUUUGAAUUUAUGAUAUGAUAAGUGUCAGUGUGUUGGGGUUGAGGGACAGGUUUUGAUGUAUGUUGACAGCUUGUAGUUCUAGUAUUUCAGAUGAUAGCUACAGUUAUAUUUUGCUCUUCGUAUUACUUGUUAAACUGGUCUUCAGCACUUUUGUGAAAUAAUAUUGCAUUGUCUUCAUCAUCAUCAUAAUUAUCCUUGUUGCAGCAGCUACUACUACUACUACUACUACUACUACUACUAUUAGUACUACUAGUAGUAAUACUACUACUAAUAGUAGUAGUAGUAUUAGUAGUAGUAGUAGUAGUAUUCAGUUACUUGUCAUGGAAAUAAUAUGUAUUUUGCACUAUUUUUUUACACAGAUUAUUAAUUUACCGACAGCCCUAGUAUCACAGAAAGAGGUACUCAGUGGAAGUUUGUGUUUAUUCUGUUACGUUACCUUUUGUAGAAGAUUAGUAACAUCCAUGUUACUUUUCUUCUUCUUUGGCCAUUUAUAUGUAUGAUGUUACAUGAGGUCUGCAUGGAAAAGCAAAAUACUGCCUUCAUCUGCACUUCUUCUAUAAGUUCAUUUUCCACUUGUCUUUGAUCUGCAUUUGUUGAUUUUAAAAUUUUGUGCAAGACUUCAAGUUGUUCAGUAUACCGCAGUUCUAAUGGCAUCUUUGUGUGUCUCCUGGAUUAUUCUAGUCUGCUGAAAUCCAUUCAUUUAGAUUUCAUGCUUUGGUGUGAAUUAACAGCUGUAUAUAAACUAGUAACAAUCAUAUCAAAUGUAAACUCAUUUCUCUUUGUGGCUGAAAGUAGCAUGGAAACUUUUUUUGUUAAUUUGUGCUUGAGACAAGAUAAUUAGAAGAAAUUUCGUACUAAAUUUUGUUAAUUCUGCAGGUGCACUAUAUAAGUUACAUUAUGUAAAAUACUUUUAAACAGAAGAGAUUGUUGCAGUACUGAGCUGCUUCAAGAAAUUACAUUCUUUGAUCACAAAUAAUGUAAGUGAAUAAAAAUCAUAUGACAUAUUGAGACUGUCUUUUGACCAAAAAGUAAUUUUGCUUAUGGACAUUCAGACAUACCUGCCUACGUCUGCAUCUAUAGAUUCCCACAUCCAUGCAGACCUUUAACUAUUGUAAAUUACAUGGACAUUUCUCUCUAUUUUAAUUGGUUGCUUGUAUCCUACAUUACUUUCAUCAAUUACAUGAACGUGGCAAGAAUUUUUGUAUGAGCCAGUAAUGUUAAGCACUGUCACUCAUACCUGUAACAUAUAAGACAGAUUUGAUAGAUAGAUUUGAAAAUUAUAUUAAUGAAUUUGUGGACAUGAAUUUAUUUAAAGUUAAACUGAUUCUUCAAGUUUUUCUGUACUUGCUAUAGCAAUCUUCCCUGUUAUUCAAAAAUGUCCAGGUCAAUGGCAAUGUUGUAACUGUUUCAUUUCAUUAUUGCUUUACGAUUUCUUACUAAAAAGAUACUGUGACAGGGUGACUUAACUGCUACAGCUACAAACUAACAAGUGUUAAUCUGUAUUUGCUUCGCUUCUUUUGGUGAGGGGAGCGAGAGGGGGGAGGGGGAGUACACCUAAUGCUAAAAGCAAUUUUUUAAUUCUUCUUGCUCCGAACCUAUUUGUAUCAAAACUAAUGAGUAAUGUAUAACAUAAUGAAAUGCAAAUGUAAGAAACUUAGCUUCUUUGAUAUGUAGUUUAUUUGGGCAUAUAGUAGGAAUCAUUUUACAACUUCUCUUUUUGUUUUGAAAAAAAUUCCUACCACUCUCCUUUCCUAAUAAGAAAAUUUCUCCGCCUCUAGUCUUUACUUGACUGUUUCCUUAAGUGCGUAUUCUUGAAUAUCUUAAAUUGUCUCUCUGCAGAUGUUAUAAUUUUGUUCUACAGUGCAUAUUGGAUUCGCUAUUUUUCUAGCUGAAAACUUUUUUCCUUUCCCUACAUUUCAGAUAGCAAAACUUAAGAAUCUGUAAACAUUUCCUGUUUCAUAUUGUCAUAUAAGUAUCAUUCAUCACAAGUUUUUCUCCCCUUAAAGUGAAAGUAAACCAUAGAUUCAAAAUGCUAAUGUAAGUACUCAAAAUUAGGAACACGUAAUGUAAUAAAAUAAUGUUAAUCAGCUAUUCAUGAAAAUUGGAGGGCCUAAAACACAAGCGGCAGAAACUUAUAAACAUUGGAUCAUGUUUUUUGAACUAUUGAUUCCUUUAUUGGAAUAAAAAGGCCAGAUAGGAUAACAGAAAGACUUAAGGAGAAAGAGGUCAAAAUUGAAGUUGGUAGUCAGUUUUAAGGUGUUACUAAACUACAUGAAGUGGAACGCAAGUAUCAGUACUGUGACAUGACAUUUUCCAUGUCUCUUAUGUAUCAUUCUGACCUAAUUAUCUAAGUGACUUUUACCUCUCUCCAAUCUUGACAUAUUUUUUAUCUUAACAUUGUCAUCUCUUCUGUUUUGUCUUUUGUACUUAAUUAAGGAACCAUGAGAAAACUUAGGGUACGACAAAUUUUCCUUUACCAGUCCCAUUAGCCUUGCUACACUUAAUAGUGCUGACUAACUGGUAGCAAAAGUUCUUGUUCUGUUUGUAUCUAGUGGUUUGAAAUGAAGCUUCUUUAUCGUCCACAAAUGUUAAUGAGAAACUCAUAUGAAUUCACAACAGAAUGUGAAAUAAUCAUUACUUAGAUAUUUUAUUAAGUGUCACAGAUAUACUGAAACGUGAACAAAUCAAGUUAUACUGCAUUAUGGUCAGUUCACACACAACCGUGAUGUGACAGUACUGAGACCAAUCUGUGCUUUUUUCUACACAGUUAACAAUAUUCCAUUACCAUGCCAUGGUAACAGUGUUGUUGCAGUCACCUUUAUGUGAUGGUUGGAUUUCUUGUGGACAAUAUUUUUCUUUCAUGACAAUGCUACUUAUGAAGUGUUUGAGAUUUCAUUUUGUAGUAUGUUGUUUCAUUUAUCAUCAGAAAUGUGAAUGUUGAAAAUCGUAUUGGGCCAGUGUGUAGUAUCCCAGGCUGUACAGUUUGUCCGAUUCAAAAUAUAUGGGCAUGGACUUCUAUCUGAAGCAAACUUGAAGUGGAAAUGGAGACAAACUAUAUGAAUCAUGUUUGUUUUGUGUUACUACUUAUUACUUUAUUAAAAGUGACAUUUUAUGAAGCAAGGUUAUUAACAUUUUUAAUGUUUAUCCAUCUGUUUAACCCAUUAUAUUUUAAACUUAAAUUUCCUCAUAGCUAGGUAUUACCUUACCAGUGCAGAUACUUGGCAUCAUAACUGCAAUAUUCAAUGAAUAUUUCUCUUACACAAAAUGCAGGUGUAAUAGAUUCCUCCUUGAAAAUAUAAAUUUUAUAUUUAUGAACCCACUCCUAAAAUUCAUUUUUUGUCUAAAGGAAUUGUAUGUAUUUGUAUUGUAAUUCUUAAUAAAAUUUUUGAGUAAGUAAGUUGCUGAAUUUACCAAAAUUAUGUGAUCUGUAUGUUCUGGAAAAGCUGAACCCACCUAUUGUAAGGUCUAAAUUUUUGUUUUAAUAUCAAAAGUAUUUUUGAUGUCCUUCUGGCAUGACUAAAAUGUAGCUAAAGGAUCCUUAGCAUCAUCUAAAUUAUCCCUUGGAUAAAGUUGCACCAUGCAUCUUUUAAGAGGAAAAACCACCUCAGUUGCAAUAAUGUAUUGAAUAGAGCACCUAUGUCUUGCAGAAUAAUUUUUUUAUGGAACAUUCAGGUGUAAAAUGAAGAACAUUGCCUAAUUUUGCAUUGGACAGUCCCCCACCACACCCUGUGUCUUAAUAUGAGGUAAGCACUGAUGGAAUCGGAGAAGAUUGUGUCACUGUCUUAUCACAGUUGUGUGUGAACCAACCUUUGAUAUCAAUAUUGUGUACUGAUCUUUGAGCAACAUUCUUGUAUUUUUUCAAAGUAUAUUCUUCUUCAACUGUUUUAAUGGAGUAACAAAAUUUCUUGUGUUUUUCUGAGACACCAAGUAACAGUGUAGGAGGUGUCGUUUUACUUGAGAAAACAGAAAAUAUAAAUGUGGAUUUUAGUGGUAUAACAUGCUUUGGACAAGUCUUUCUGAGCCUCUUGUCAACAAUUACAAACAUCAGCACUUACUCAUCAAUAUUUCUGUGCAGUCUUAUAUACUUAUUUUUUAAUGUUUUCUUCAGAAACUUAACCCAGUGUAAAUGUCAGUACAAUGUAUUUUUCAAGUAUUGUUUCAAAGUACUGUAAUAAUUAUUAAUAGACAUUAUUAUAGAGAUAUUUGACACCCAGAAAAGAGAAAAUAUUAUUAAGCACAUGAAACCUUUCUUUAUAGUGGUAAUACUAGUGGUCAAGUGUUUGAAAGCAGUAGUCAUAAGAAGCUUUUGCGUAAACAGAGGACUUUAAAUGUACCGGUCAAGGGGAAUAAUUUUAAAUUAACAUGACUGUAUUCCAGAUUCAAGAAUUACAAAACAGAUUAAAAAAUACAAGAAUUUGUAAGUAUAUAAGUAGACCAAUGAAGAAGUGUGAAAACAGUUAUAAAAUUUCAAUGAAUACCUCCUCUAAAAAAACAAAGUACAGAGAAACCAUUCUUGUUACAAAUAGAUUUGUGUUAAUGAACAAGGAGAAAAUACUGAACAAAUUACAUCUUUCAGUAGUCUCAAAACUUCGCUUUUCUUCCCCCCCCCCCCCCCCCCCCCCCCCCAAAAAAAAAAAGUGGAGGGGGGGCAGUGUUACUGCUGUUUUCUGCAGCUGAGGCUUAGGAAAAGGGUGAGCCAUGGUUCAGGUUAUGAGGAAGGGAAAUAAUAGCCACUUAAGAACAUCAUGUACGGCAAAGAAGUAGUAGAAAUAAAUGUAAGGGAUAAGGUAUAUCCUCCAAAGCUCUCAUGUGCCAUUUUGUGACUUUCCUUUGUUCAUAGUUUCAAGUAACUUUGUUAUUUUGGAAUUGUGUAUCUUUCUCACUGCUCAGCUGCGUAUUUAUAAAAUUUCUGUAAGCAGUUCUUAUGUUCCUUCUGCAAUCCUGUUAGUUCUGUGGUAUUCUUUAGAAUUUUCUUUUUACCUAGUCCAGUAUGUUUAAUUUCCUUCCAGAAGUGGAUUACUAAGUUGAACAACUUGACAACACCUUUUUAAAGAUUCUUAACUGAAAUUUUGAGACACAUUAAUCCAUUUAUUCAGUCACAAGAUUAGCUUUAAUGUUAUUAUGAGCAAAUAUAUUUCCUGUCUUUUUUUUUACGUUGUGUAUGAAAGAUUUGGAAAGUAAGAUUAUUGUAUUGAAUGAUUUAAGCCAGGGGGUUUCAUGAAAAACUAUUCUGUCAAAGAUGCAAAGUUUUAUCUAUAUGAAAUCUGUAAUAUAUUAAAAAUAUAGAAUUUUGAGUUACAAGUUUUAUUCUACUUGCAAGGUCUGCUUCAGUUUAUUAAUUUUCAGACUGUUGUGUACCUGACUAACAGUGUGUGGGUAGUUUUACUAAUGAAUGUUGUGAGGAUCUGGUGUUGGCAUUUGAUUUCUUGCUCUUUCCGUAUUUUAAUAUGCUGGAAACAAAACAAAGAAUGAGCUAUUGUUGCAGCUACUUUACUAACUCACCUGAAUGAAGAAAUUUUCAUUAGAAAAUGACAUAUUUUAUUUAGACUGGAAGUGUUUUAAAAUGAAAACUGUAUGUGGUAUGGUGUAUAACUGGAUGCAUGCAAGUUAGCAGUUGAACACAGAAAAACAUGUACUGUGAAAAUAUUGAAAUUAUGUAUUUUAUUGAAAUUUGGUGCUCAAAGGACAAAUUUUGUACCUUUUAUAUACACUGAGAACUAAAUAAACAUAUCCUUAUAAGA